AUGCCACCCAAGCCCAAGGGCGCAGUCAAGGCAUCCCCCGACCAAAUACAACAACAGCAGCAACCGCCAUCCACCGUCGCCGAGCGCACACAGCAACGCUUCCACGCCACCAACCCUCUCGCCGCACGCGUCCAGUCCUCCGGCCUCUCCUCCCUCACCCCGGCCGAGAAGAAGACGUUUGUGUACAGCCAGCUGUUGCAGCCCGUCGCGCAGCAGCGCAUUCCGCUCAGCAACAAGUCGGAGCGCGAGUUCUGGAAGGCAGUCGCCAAAGACGCCCUGCCCAUCCGCCGCCUACGCGACGACUACGACUGGGGCUGCGACAAGUCCGGCCGCGACGUUGGCACCUACUCGCUCGCGGAGCACGAGGCGCGCAGCAUCAAGCAGGCGAGGCUCACGGCGCUACGGCUGCUCUCGCAGCAAUUCGGUACCAAGCGCGAGCUCGCAAGCCAUAGCGGCAGGACCACGGUCACAGAAGCAGAAAUUGAGGUGGAAAAGACUCGGAGAAAGGAAAUGGCGAGCUUGAAUCGGGAACUGUAUGGGGAGAUUACCGGCCCGCUGGCGAGUGAUCCGGAAUGGGACGAUGUCAUCCCCAUUGUGCACGAGGAGCCCGAGGACGCAGUAGCGCGGAUCGCAUACCCCGACGACUACGCAGAGGCCGUUGCCUAUCUCCGCGCCGUCAUGGCCGCCAAGGAAUACUCCCCGCGCACGCUCCGCCUCACCGCGCUCGUCAUCGCCCUCAACCCGGCGCACUACACCGUGUGGCUGUACCGGUUCCAGAUCGUCAAGGCGCUCGAGCUGCCCAUCCCGUCCGAAGUCGCCUGGCUCAACGAGGUGGCGCUCGACAACCUCAAAAACUACCAGAUCUGGCACCACCGCCAGCUGCUCCUCGACCACUACAUGCCGCUCAUCUUUGCCGACGACGCCGCCGUCGCGGCCCUCGCGCGCUCGGAAUCCGCGUUCCUGGCCACCAUGCUCGCCGAGGACACGAAAAACUACCACGUCUGGUCGUACAGGCAGUACAUGGUGCGCAAGCUCGGCCACUGGGGCCCGCAGGAGCUCGGCGCCGCGCAGAGCCUCAUCGAGGAGGACGUGCGCAACAACUCGGCCUGGUCGCACCGCUUCUUCCUCGUCUUCCAGAACCCAGACGCUUCGACCCCGGGCUGCGGCCCUGUUGAGCACGAUCCCAAGGUGCCCGAGGCGGUGAUUAGCAGGGAAGUCAACUACGCCAAGGAAAAGAUGGCGCUGGCGCCGCAGAACCAGUCGCCGUGGAACUACCUACGCGCUGUGCUGGCGAAAGCCGGCAGGAAGCUGGAGAGCGAGGGGGCACUGGCGGAGGGGUUCGUAUCCGGGCUGGGCACGGACGAGGAGAGCGUCAAGAGCUCGCAUGCACUGGACUACUUGACGGAUGUGUACGCGGAGCAGGGCGACAAGGACAAGGCGAGGUUGUGUCUGCAGCGGCUGUGGGAGAAGUGGGAUCCGAUCCGGGAGGGAUACUGGAAAUACCGAGCGCAGCAACUAGCUUGA